AUGAAGCCGAGCGCCGGCGUCCUCCUCGCCGCCGUCGUGGCGCUGCUCUUGGUCGCCGCUGUGCGGGGCGAUGACGACUGCGGGUCGCCGGAGUCGGCGGCGCAGGACCGCGCGCGGGCGAACCCUCUCAAAAUCGCGGCCUUCUUCUCCAUCCUGGUCUGCGGGGCGCUGGGCUGCUCCCUGCCCGUGCUGGGGCGGCGGGUGCCCGCGCUCCGGCCCGAGGGCGACGUCUUCUUCCUGGUCAAGGCGUUCGCGGCGGGGGUCAUCCUCGCGACGGGGUUCAUCCACAUCCUCCCGGACGCCUUCGAGAACCUCACGUCGGACUGCCUGCCUUCCGAUGGGCCGUGGAAGGACUUCCCGUUCGCCGGGCUAGGGGCCAUGGUCGGCGCCAUCGGCACGCUCGUCGUCGACACCGUCGCCACGGGGUACUUCACGCGCGCCCACCUGAACAAGGACGGAGCGCACGGCCACGGGGCGGUAAGCAGCAGCGCCGCCGUCGUGGACGAGGAGAAACAGGCCGCUGCCGCCGCCAGCGAGGAAGCGCGCCGUCACGAGGGCGGGGAGCACGAGGUACACGUCCACACGCACGCGACCCACGGCCACGCCCACGGGUCGGCGGCGCUCGUUGCGGCCGUCGGCGGCGCCGAGGACGAAAAGGACACGAUCCGGCAUCGCGUAAUCUCUCAGGUACUUGAGUUGGGCAUUGUGGUGCACUCGGUGAUCAUCGGCAUCUCCCUCGGCGCGUCUCAGGACCCGGAAACAAUCAAACCUCUCGUGGUCGCCUUGAGCUUCCACCAGAUGUUCGAGGGAAUGGGCCUUGGUGGCUGCAUAGUUCAGAAAAAUAAAACAAUAGAGGUCUUUCCAUGCAUGUACGAACAUUUUAAAGGAUGGCUAUACAUGCCUAACUGGAACUUUGCAAAGUUCAAGGCCAGGUCCAUCGUGACCAUGAUCCUCUUCUUCUGCCUGACAACGCCGGUGGGCAUCGCCGUCGGCUAUGGCAUAUCGCGAGUGUACAACGAGAACAGCCCGACGGCGCUGGUGGUGGAGGGCGGCCUCAACUCCGUGGCAGCGGGGAUCCUCGUCUACAUGGCCCUCGUCGACCUCCUCGCCGAGGACUUCAUGAACCCCAAGGUGCAGAGCAGGGGGAAGCUGCAGCUCGGCAUCAACGUCUCCAUGCUGGUCGGUGCAGGCCUCAUGUCCAUGCUCGCCAAAUGGGCCUAG